AUGACAGACUCUACGCUGACGUCGUCGGCACCGGACAUGCGCAUUGCGCUCAUCGGCGCCGGCACCAUCGGGCUCUCCCUUGCGGCUCUGCACCUCACGCAUCUCCCGGACGCGUCUCAGCUCACCAUCAUGGAUGUCCGCCCGGAUCUCGAAGCCUACGUAGCUGCCGUCCUGCCGACCCAUCUCCCCCCCGGCCUGCGUAAGCUUGCCGCCGAGGUCAAGCUCACGUCGUCCGUUGCGGAGGCGGUGGCAGACUGCACCAUAGUCCAAGAGAGCGGCCCCGAGAGGCUGGACUUCAAGACGCAGCUCUGGGCCGACGUGGAGAGGCUCGCCCCGCGAGGCGCACUGCUCUGGACCAGCACGUCUGGGAUUCCGGCAUCGCAACAAAACGCUGCCAUGGAGGACAAGACGAGACUGCUCGUGGUGCACCCGUUCAACCCCCCGCACAUCCUCCCCCUGCUGGAGAUUGUACCCUCGCCGCAGACCUCGCGGGCCGUGGUGACCAAGACGAUGGACUUUUGGCGCCAGAUCGGCCGGGAGCCCGUCUUGCUCAGCCGUGAGAUCACGGGCUUCGUCGCGGGGCGUCUCGCGUGGGCACUAUUGCGCGAGGCGAUCCACCUGGUCAACGAGGACGUGGUGACGGUGGAGCAGCUGGACCGCGUCAUGCAGACGAGCAUGGGCCCGCGCUGGGCGUACGCCGGCCCCUUCAAGAGCUUCCAGGCCGGCGGCGGCCCCGGCGGCCUGAGAGCCCUGCUGGGCAACGUGGGCGGGACGGUGCAGGCCUGCUGGGACGACGGCGGGCGGGUAGACGUGGGCGGCUCCUGGGAGGCCAAGGUGUUUGCCCAGACGGACGAGGCGUACGGACGGCCUGAUCUGGAGGAGCGCGAUGAGGCCAACCGAAUGGUGCUGAGGGCCGUGCGUGAAGCCAAAAGCGGUCGACCCGGGCCCGCGUCCGCUGAUGGUCACGACGGCACAUAA